AACUGACUGCAGCACACCAGGGACCAGCUGUAUCUCUCUCCUUGGAAAAGGGGCUAGUGACGACAGCAGGCGAGGUUGAGCCAAGAUCUGGGUUCUCCUACACAGCUCAGAAUGAACCAAUCAUCUGCCGGGGGUGUAGAUGCGGGCACAGCAAUCGCUAUCUGCAUAUGAGGUUGGGUUAUUAUCACGCUGCUGAGCAGUAGGGAGGCCCCUGUGCUGCACAUUCUUUCUUACCGUACUCUCUGGCAGAUGACUGGGUGUGUGCAUAGUGCUGGCUAGCAGCACCCUGCAUCUUGCUACAUUGGAAGGCUUUGGAGGUACAGAGGGAGCAGCUGAUCCAUGGAUAGAGGCGGAUCUGCCAUGGGAACAAUGCCUGAGAUGCUCCAUUCAGUGCAGCUGCAGUUUGAGGCAUGAUGUGCCCCCAUGUAUGCAGAGGCAGCAUUGUUUCCAGGCACUGCUAGACCUGUCCUCCUCCCUGGGUAAAGCACACUAUAAAGGGGAUGCUGCUGCUGAAAAGGACUGACGGGGGAGUGACAGUGACACCUCCAGCUCCUCGCACGCCUUGUGACAAAUAGACAUCCCAUGCCCCCUAUUGCACCUUACACUACUGCAUGCACCAUGCUUCCCAUCGGGGGGAUCUAACAGGACCAGCUGCAGGGUGGAUUGUUUGGUGACACUGACAGCGAUCUGACCAAGAAUUGUCUUGCAGAGCUGCAGCCCGGCCAUACAUCACCAUGGCCAAUGCAAGGAGCAUUGAGCUAGAGCAUUUCGAAGAGAGGAAGAAAUGGCAGACGCCAUCCAGGAGAGGUGGGGGAGGACACAGCAGUGGCUCCGGAUCAGGAGCCAGGGGCAAUGGACUGGUCCCCAGCCCGGCACAUAGCGCCCACUGCAGUUUCUACCGCACCCGCACCUUGCAGGCGCUCAGCUCGGAGAGAAAGGCCAAGAAGGUGCGCUUCUACCGCAAUGGGGACCGCUACUUCAAGGGGCUGCCCUACGCCGUAUCCUCUGAGCGCUUCGGGUCCUUUGACGCGCUGCUGAUGGAGUUGACCCGCUCCCUGUCUGACAAUGUCAGUCUUCCCCAAGGAGUGCGCUGCAUCUACACGCUGGAUGGCAACAGGAAGAUCACCAACCUGGAGGAUCUGCAGGAAGGUGAAAGUUAUGUUUGUGCCUCAAAUGAGUCUUAUCGCAAAGUAGACUACAACAGAAACACAAGUCCAAACUGGUCUGUGAAUGUAAGGACUGGAUCUGGUCGCUCUCUUUCGUCGCUAACUACAUUGAAGAAUGAGAUGAAGGAGAGCAAGGAUUUCAUUAAACCCAAGCUAGUAACAGUCAUCCGGAGCGGAGUGAAGCCACGGAAGGCUGUUCGCAUCCUCUUAAAUAAAAAGACUGCGCACUCUUUUGACCAAGUUCUGACAGACAUCACAGAUGCUAUAAAGCUUGAUUCCGGUGUUGUCAAGAGACUGUGCACUCUAGAUGGAAAACCGGUUACAUGUCUUCAAGAUUUCUUUGGUGAUGACGAUGUGUUCAUAGCAUGUGGGCCGGAGAAAUACCGCUAUGCGCAGGAUGACUUUGUUCUGGAUAGUGAGUGCCGUGUUAUGAAAACGUCAUACUCCCGCUCUCCCAGACCAUCAGGUUCCAAGAGUCCUGGGCUGUCACGGCGCAGCAAGUCUCCAGCAACAGUAAAGAGGACUGGCUACUACUCUAGUGCCUAUUCCACAGCAAGGUCCCCAGUCAAUGGAACGCCAAGCAGCCAGUUAUCCACUCCAAAGUCCACAAAAUCUUCUUGUUCAUCUCCAACAAGUCCAGGAAGUUUCCGUGGCCUGAAGAUUCCACCUCAUUGUGGAUCCACAUCUAAUGUGAAUGGUCUUCCUGAAAUCUUAAACAGCCCUGAAGGACUGAAUGGAAAUAGAUUUCCUGAUGCUUCCAUUAUCCUGGAUAAAUAUAAAAUAGGGAAAGUGAUUGGAGAUGGCAAUUUUGCCGUUGUUAAAGAAUGUGUUGAAAGAUCAACUGGUAAAGAGUUUGCUCUAAAAAUCAUAGACAAGGCAAAGUGCUGUGGGAAGGAACAUCUGAUUGAAAAUGAGGUGUCAAUACUGCGCCAAGUUAAACAUCCCAAUAUUAUAAUGCUUAUAGAAGAGAUGGACACUACAACAGAGCUUUAUCUGGUGAUGGAAUUAGUCAAGGGUGGGGACUUAUUUGAUGCAAUCACAUCUUCAACAAAAUAUACAGAGCGCGAUGGCAGUGCAAUGGUAUAUAAUCUUGCUAGCGCUAUGGAGUAUCUUCACAGCCUUAACAUAGUUCAUAGGGAUAUCAAACCUGAAAAUUUACUGGUUUGUGAAUAUCCUGAUAAAACAAAGUCUCUGAAGCUUGGAGACUUUGGAUUGGCUACAGUUGUGGAUGGGCCCCUGUACACAGUCUGUGGGACACCAACCUAUGUUGCUCCUGAGAUAAUUGCAGAGACUGGGUAUGGCUUAAAAGUUGAUAUAUGGGCAGCUGGUGUGAUCACAUAUAUCUUGCUGUGUGGAUUCCCACCUUUCCGCAGUGAGAAUAACCUACAGGAAGAUCUCUUUGAUCAGAUUCUGAUUGGGAAGCUGGAAUUUCCCUCCCCAUAUUGGGAUAACAUCACAGACUCUGCAAAGGAACUGAUUAGCUGUAUGCUUCAAGUGAAUGUAGAAGAUAGGUAUAUGGCAGAGCAGAUCCUCUCUCACCCUUGGGUGUCUGAUGAUACAUCACUGGGGAAUAAUAUGCAGGUUGAAGUCACAGGUAAACUAAAACAACACUUUAACUCACUGCCCAAGGGGACUAACACCACUGCUGCAGCAACUGUGAUUAUGAACACAGCUCUUGAUAAGGAGGGGCAGUUCUUCUGCAGCAAACGCUGUGAUGAUUGCACCAACCACCUGGAGAAAACCAGCAAAGGCUGAUGACCUUCACCUGGACUUAGGGUCUACAAAACUGCUGUGAUGAAUUGAAGUGUGCAGCAGAAUGCUGUGUCUACCGGGCAGUAGGACCAGCCAUCAUAUGAAUGACUGAUGACCAAACACAGUGGACCAUGACUGCCCAAUCGAUGAAAUGCUUUUUUUUUUUUAUUGCCGAUACAAACUACUGGCUUCUUUUUACUGAGCCUUCUAUCAUUUUUCAUUACAUUCAAUAGAAGAAAUGAGUGUUAGACUUGGACUUGACCAUAACUUAUUAGGACUGCUUUUCCAUUAGCUCUAACGAAACAAGCUACUUUUCCAUAUAUUGUUAUAUUAUUUAGAGUUGGAGCUACUGAUCAAAUGUCUACUGAUUUUUUAACAAUACUAGAUAUUCAACAGAGGAUCUCUGCAGCACAUUUUAAUGUCAAUGCUGAAAGUAUUUUUUUUUGGUGGGGGGGUUAGGUUGUUUAAAAAAAUAAAUAAGAAAAAGUCUUCUUUCUUCUCUAUUUCAGGUUCUAAUGAAAAUACAAAUGCUACAGUUUGUGGCUUAGUUUCCCUAUUCUGCAGUAUUUCAGGAUUCUGUUACCCAACACUUGUCUGGUAAAUAGCUGAAGGACAAGUGGUUAUUUAUUUGUAGACAUGUCAUCUUUAUCACUACUGUGUUUGGCUCCUAGAACCAGUUAUGUAAAAUAAUUUCUUACAGGAUGGAAUGUAACGUUUGCUGCAUGUCAAAACAAUCCGGAUGCAAUCCUUAUGGUAAUCUGAAAAACACAAAGUGCAAAUAAACAUAAAACCUUAAUUCUACCAUUCAGUGUUUUAGAUGAACAGCAGGAAUGUGCAAUUAAGAUACUCAUUUUUAUUUACCUUUCUUAAUCAUGUUGGAAAGGGGGAGAUUAUAGAGUUAAAUGUAAUCAUGUCUGCAUUUCCUUCCUACAUUAAGCUUCAUUUUAUAUUUGUUACUGCUCAACAAAAAGUAAAAGCAAACAACUUGCAUCACCUUACAGGCGACAACUGAUGCUUGCUGUGUGUUUAUAUGCUGUGUAAUGUAUGGGGAAGUUUAAUAAAUGGAUUCACAGACUGCACCACGUAUAGUGAAGGUGAUAAUUGAUAUGAUGUAGUCACCUCUAAUCGACAUCUUUACUGGUAUUAAAUCAGACGUGUUUUAUAUUUAAUUUAAUGGAGGAGCAAUGUCCUAAAACAACCACUUUUUGAAUAAUUUCUCAGCUAGUGCUGUAAAUAUAUUUUUUUUAGUUCAGUUUAAUGCUCCCUUUUAACUAUAGGAUGGAACACUUGCAUGUAAACAGAAUAGUUUUGCUUCCAUCACAGUCCCUAGUGCAAUAUGUACUGCACAACAUUGUGGCAUAAUUAAACAUGCAUUUCUGCAAUGCAUCAAACAUCCAAAAUAUACUGUUGCAAGAUAAAACAAAAAGUAAAUUGUCAAUAAUCUGCAUUUAAUCAAUUCAAGCACUAUCUCCCUUAUAAGCAGCAGUUGCUGAAGUUUGGCUCUAUUUGGUAUACCCAGCGCCUAAAAGAUAUAUUUUCAUACAAGGUAUUUUUAAUACUUUACAGUGAAAGUAUAUUGUAAAAUGUAAUUGUCAAAGCUUUUAACAGUAUCGUUCAUACUGUACCUAUGGGCAUUGAAAAGCAAAUCUCAAAAGCUUAGACGAAACCUUUGUUGUCUGAGUGUCAGUGCUUGUGAACGCUGCUGGCAACGUUGACACGCAAAGCAACACUUGUCAGAAAGUGUGUGACUAUAUCUCCAUGUCCAUUCACUCACUUUCUUGGCUUAUCAUGUUAAAACACAUUUACCAGGCUGUAAGAAUGCCCACUGAAUGUGAACUAUUACCCCUGUCUUUAUAAGCCCUUAUAGUUUCAUUUCUGAAAAGAGCUCCUGUUGCCUAACAAGAAAGAAUUUUGGGAAAAGCAUCUAGAGAUUACAUAAGUGUAAUUUUCUUGAGGAAUGGCACUUCGGGGAAAUUGAGAUCCAUAAAAAUAAGCUAAUUUUAUAUGUAUUUACAGCCAACACCUAUUCUGAGAGUAACCAUACAUGAUAACAGAAUUAGUGCAAUUUUGCCUGACUUUGCCUAAAGUCUGGAAUUGAAUGUCAUAGUUUUUGUAGUUUUGUUUAUGUUUCUCAGCAUUGCACUUUUCAUGUGCACGGAUAUAUUUUCACAUGGUAUGGCUCUUAAUGUAUUUGUUUCUAAUUAUCUCUUGAUCAUGUUUUAGAGUCUCUUAAUAUAUGGUUUUCAUUUUGUACUAGAAGUGUAAAUUAUUUCCAAUAAACGCCCUCUUCAUGGAAAA